AUGGUUAUCAAAAGAGAAUCUUCGGCCGACUUGGCAAGUGUAGGCUUACAUAAUGGCUUGUUCUCCAAGUCUCAGGACGAGGGGGGAUUACAAGAGAAACGAUAUGAGAUGAGAUCUAGAACAAGCCGGUCAAAAUUUGACGAAUGUCGAACUAAUGCGAAUAGUAUGGGAGGCAUGAUGUCUUCAGAUCCAAAAGAAUUACAGAUAAUCUCACCGUUGAAAGUUUCACCAGAAAACACUAACAAAGGGGAGCUAUUGGUGGAUGUAGAGACACUUGGAGAAGCAGACGAAGAAAACACGUCUACCGGAAUAAGCGAACUUUUAAACGGGAGUUCACCCGACGUGUCCAACGACACCAGUCAUGCAUCCGAUAGUGAGAGAAUGGAAGUGAAGCCAGCGACCAAACCCUCCAAACCCCCGUUCAGUUACAACGCCCUGAUCAUGAUGGCCAUCCGUUCUAGUCCCGGGAAACGACUGACGCUCAACGGUAUUUACCAGUUCAUCAUGACCAACUACCCUUACUACCGUGAAAAGAAACAAGGCUGGCAGAACUCCAUCCGCCACAAUCUCAGCCUGAACAAGUGUUUUGUCAAGGUGCCCCGCCAUUACGAGGAUCCGGGGAAGGGGAAUUACUGGAUGCUGGAUCCGUCCAGUGACGAUGUGUUCAUCGGCGGAACCACCGGUAAACUCCGCAGACGAUCUGCUCAUAGGGCCAGACAUUACUCAUUUAAACCAACGGGGUUUCCUAUUUUGCAGUCUGAACCGGAUUUUGGAUAUCCAGGCUACUACAACCCGUACCCGAUAUCCUCCCAGCCAUUAAUGCAAACUUGGUCUCCUGUCGUAUUAGACAGGAGAUCUUAUGUCAUGGCAACGCCUGGGUAUAACAGCAGAUUUCCGUCUUUUCCCAUGCCGUUUGCUGAAAAACAGCCUCCAAGGCGCCAUACAGACUUCUCUGUUGACAGUAUACUUAGUGAGGAGAAGAAAGACACAAAAUUAUUUGUAAACAGCCUGGUAGGAAGGUAUUUUGAGGCUCCAGCUAAAGGGAGCACACUGGACACAAAUUUUACUCAGCAGUUACUAUAA